CAAACAUAUCGUACGCAGCUAGGGGACAUUUUUAAUGCUCGUGGUGCGUUUAAUGAAUAACCUUAGCUGGUCAGAAACGCAUGUAGGAGGAUAAUAGAAAAAUUCUAAUAAGUUAAUAGACCUGCAGAUUUUGGAUGUAUCAGCUAUUUUUGACAAGUUUUGCUCUCAUUGCUGUCGGGUUAGCAGCAAAUACAGAAGACACCGUGUCCGACUAUCUCUGCCUUGACGAAUGCAAUGUUACGCGGUCAAGAUGUUCCUGCAUGGAUGAAUGUAUCAAUCUGAAGAAUUGCUGCUCGGAUUUUCAACACAUUUGUAAAGGUCAGUCGUUAUGGAAAGACGAAGAAUGUGCCACGUUGCAAGAAAUGAUUUGUCCAAAUGGAUUUGACGCCCCGCCCGUUAUUUUAUUUUCUAUUGACGGAUUCAAAUCAGAAUACAUCUACAGAGAAGAGACACCAAACAUUUGGAAAUUGGCGUCAUGCGGAGUUCAUGCACCUUACAUGAGGUCUGUUUACCCGACGACAACAUUUCCAAACCAUUACUCAAUGGCAACGGGUUUGUAUCCUGAAAGCCAUGGAAUCAUAGACAACAGCAUGUACGACCACGAACACAACACUGAAUUCUACCUUGGUUCCCCAAACACAAUGCUUCAAUUUUGGUGGGGUGGCGAACCGAUCUGGGUAACGACUAGUAACCAAGGCUUGAAGAGCGCUACGUAUUUCUGGGUGGGCUCUGACGUCAAUAUUACGAGGUAUCCAGAUUAUUAUAAAACAUACGAUGGAAGUGUCCCGAAUGAAGAACGGAUGUACCAAGCUCUCGAUUGGUUAGAUUUGCCAAAGCAAGAAAGGCCGUCGUUUAUUGCCUUGUAUUUGAGUUUGGUCGACCACACUGGGCAUGUACAUGGACCCGAUUCCCCAGAAGUUAACCGUGAUCUGACGAUCGCUGAUAAUAUGGUUGGAAUACUGAUGGAUGGCUUGAAACUUAGAGGAUUGGAGAACUGUGUCAAUAUUAUGAUAUUAGCGGAUCAUGGUAUGGCACCAAUCAGCUGUGAGAGGGUUACGUAUGUGGAUAAGUAUGGAGUGGACAUGAACACAGUAAAUUUCUACGGGGGUGCUUUCGGCAGAGUAGGAAAAAGUAGAGACGAAAAUAAGUGGCCCGAAUUUGACCAGGAACACAUUGAAAGUCAGUUGAGCUGCCAAACGGAAGACACCCGCUGGCAGGUAAACAAGCUUAUUCAGCAUAAAGCAAGUUUGCAUCUCGUCAAGAUUAGAUUUGCUUUCGUUAUAUUGCAGGUGUUCUCUAAACAAACAGAUCUACCGAAGCGUUAUCACUACGCAAACAAUAAACGAAUUGAAGAAAUUCAACUUGUAGUGGACGAUGAAUGGUUAGCAGGAUCUACUAAUACAACGACAUUUUGUGAUGGAGGCAUGCAUGGGUACGACAACGAGUACAAGAGCAUGCACGCCUUGUUCACUGGCCAUGGACCAGGUUUUAAGCGUGCGUACAACAUCUCGGAGGGUUUUGAUAAUAUAGAACUCUACAAUCUUAUGGCGGACCUGUUGUCCAUCACGCCUGCACCUAACAACGGCACGCCUGGUUCUUUGUAUCAUAUUAUGACAAAUCCAAAGCAAAUAAUCCCCUUGGACUUUGGUGAUGACGUCGCAGUUUGUAUCAUGAAGGACACCAAUGUUGCAGACGAUGAUCUGGGUUGUUCUUACUGCGCGGGUCUUUCAGAAGCUGAGGCAAAUCAACGGUUGAGGAAUGCAAUAGAUAAUGUCGAUUACAACAACAUUGCAACUCCAUAUGGGCGGCCUCAGGUUAAAAGUACAGAUCCUGAUUUUUCCCCAUAUUGUCUCCUCACCCAGCAGGACUACAUUAUGUCGUAUUGCAUGAAGCGAAAGAUGCCGUACUUUGUAUCCUACACAUUGAAUGCUAAGAAUAGAAAUCUAGCAAAGCCAUCGUCUUGCAACAGACCUGAUAUAAGAAUAGCGGCAAUACAUUCCCCGAAAUGUUCUCAAUUCAAUACUAACGGGGACUUAUUGCAAACAAAUCUAUACCCAGCUGAAUUAUCGAACGGUGAUGCGGUGCACGAUGCUCUGAUAGUUACAAACACAGCACCGAUGUAUUCAUCAACAGCUACCGUGUGGAAUUAUAUGGCGAAAGUGCUGGCAGACUGGUCAGUAAAAUAUGGCGGUAUCAAUGUAAUAGCUGGACCCGCUUUUGAUUACAACUAUGACAGUCUUCCAGAUACAACAGACGAUCUGAUGACAUGGCAAAAGUACAUCGGGACUGGAAACGACACUAUUCUGAUUCCGUCCCAUUUCUUUAUAAUUGUAACCCGCUGCUUGGAAUACGAAGUAAUGAAGAUUGACCAAUGUGUAAAUUCGCCGACAAAAUUGGAAGUUUUAAGCUGGAUUGUUCCAAACUAUAAAGAACCGCCUUGCGGUGCGAUGUCCAACCAGCCAGCUAGCGAUUGGAUACCGAAAACGCUAAAGGAACACGUCGCUCGACUGAGGGAUGUCGAAAUACUGACCGGAUUGUCUUUCCUACCAAAAUGGACGCACGCACAAAACGUCGACCAAGAAACCAGAGUUGAAGUCACGCGUUUGCGGCUCAGAUUGCCACAGUUUAAUAGCCAGUGGAUGAUGGACUUUUUAAAUCAACCGUCAAGUGCAAACCACAAAAAUGGGGUUAACAGUCUGAUUGCAAUGGCAUUUUGUGUGACUGUGUAUAUGCUCAAUUUGUAGAAAACAUAAUUCUGUAUUUUCUGAUGACCUGUCUGGUUAUAAGAAUGCUAUUCUUACGAAUAUGUGUCCCAUCGUUAGUAAAUUGGAUAUUCUCA